ACCCGGAUAGAAUGGACAAAGUGGGGGCACUCGGUGGCGCGUGGUCGCCACUGGACGCGCGAGGCAACAUAAAACGAAGCGGCAAACGAGAUCGGGACUCAGUGUACACGAGACGAUCGAUCGCAGCACGAUCCUGUGAAGCGAUAGCGAGAAUCGAGCUUGUUAUUGAUUGUUUGACAAUCAAUCGUGAAACGGCGGGCAAUUGCACCUGUGAACACCGCACACGUGUGAAUCGCACCUGCCGGCGUGAAGCUAGUGCCGGCGACGUUGAGAACGGACGGAAAGCGGAAAAGGAGAGCAAGAGCAUAAUGAUGAUCAGCGGGACUUCCAUCGCGAAGGUCACUACCUGCAUUCUGCUUGGAUGCUGCGUGACGAUGCGAGUCACCGGCUCGGCGAUACCGAUGUGGGAAUUUCUCUCGAGAAAUGAGAAAAUGAGUCACCUGUAUGGACUAUUCAGCAAACAAGUGGCACGGUUUUGCGCCGAUUCCUCGAGGCCGGACUGCAACAAGAACCUGCUCGUAACCGGCAUACGGAGCCUCGCCAGCAUGGACGACAACGUCCUCGACAGGCUGGACCCGUAUCAACGCGGCGCGAAGGAAAUGAUUUGGCACGCCAUGGUGGGAAGCAACAGAUUCGCGUCGAGAAUCAGCCACGAAACCGACGACUCUUACUUCACGACCGGAACCGAUUUAUUAGCGAGCAGCGGUAGCGAGACGAACGGCCUCGGUGAGGAGACCGUGGCGAGCGGGGAUUACCAGUCGUCGGAGUCGACCGGGCCGUAUCUCGCGGGACCGAUGGUGAUACGGGUCUACCCGGACGGCCGACCGGUUCCCGAGGACCAGAAGCGCCCGUUGCCGAAGGACGAGGACGCGGACGAGUUCAGAUAUUCCCGCCUGCCGUCCAUCGAGGAGAUCGAGGCUAAGAGCGGCAGCGUGUUCUACGGGAAAGGCACGAACGAGCCGUCGAUCGUCAAGAGGAGGAUGUCCUUCGCCGCUUCCAACGACAAGAGCUAUCGGCGACCGGAGACGUUGCGUCUUCGCGGCCGUCCGCUGCCCUACGAGAGGCCGGUGUUCCGGGGCGCGUUGAACGAACGCAGAGUACAUUACUAUUGAGGAGAUAUGUGUCUCGUGUCUCUCCUACCUGACACCAGAUACUUCCCGCGGAGCGGCUCGCACCGCCUCGUGAUAACGAGACUUUUCGAAAAAUAAAUCGCCGUCCUGCGGAGAGAGACAGAUGAGAACGGCGGACGUGCCGGCUGCGGUCUCAGACGACGCGUGGAAGACACGCGGGGAAAGUUGAAGAUAUACAAGCGGUACCAGUCGCGGUCGCGUCGUGGACGACGACGUAAUAAUAAUCAGCUGUAAUUACUAAUUCAUUGCGCAUUCUAAUUUAUCGUCGUUGCGGUAAGUACGAAAGGGGAAUUGUCGUACGCUGUUUUUUUUUUUUUUUUCGGAAUCUCCGCGCUGUAGUCGAGUAUUGUCGUUGGGACGAGAGAGCGCGUGAACCGAGGAAAUACGUCUGAGUUCACGAUUUUAAAUCGCGUAAAUCGGAAGAGUUUACGAUUCGUAAAUUCUCCCGAAUCGCACGAAUUGGAAGCUUGACGAUUGGUCGGUAAUUAGAUUCCUAGAAUACGAAGCGCCAAGGGGAAUGUACAUAUUCGUACGCUGUUUCAACAAUACACGCAUAAUCCGACCAUGAACAUCAUUCGAGUUCCAUUUAUUUAAUUUCAUUCAUUUACUGUAGUAUUUAUUUAAUACUCAAUGUGAUUGUCAUGCAGAAAAUUUCGACAGAAUCAUCGAUAAAAGUAUUAAUUAUCCCAGAUUGCGAAUACGAGCGAUCAAAAAAUCUUCUCAAAACUGUUACAAAAAAUUACAAGCGUAUUAUUUAAAUCUAUUCUGCUAUUCUUCAACAAAACAGCGAUUUGUUCUAUAGUUCUUCUAUAUAUAUAUUUUGUUUCCAUAAAUUUAAUGUAUUAUUCCUCUUUGAUAUAUGCGUCAUCACGUCGCAUAAAGGAACCAAUGUACCUCGCUGAAAUACCGUGUUUUGCAUAUGGAAUAUAUUAUAUCUCAAUAUCGUCAAUAAUCGUUGAAUAUUACAUAAAUCAUUUAACGUAUAAUAAUUAGUUUGCUAAAAAUUGUUGCUUUUGGAAAUUUCUAUAUAAACACGUAGUUUGUACAAUUACGAUAAUUAUUAUACUCGAUGAAUCACAUCUGUUGAAUAUGCACGCAAAUUGCUUGCGUAAGCAAAUAAUAGCAUGUUUAAAAAGUCUACAUUACGCAUUAACGUGACGAUUACGAUUGAUUAUUACAUCUAUACGUAUAUUCAUUUUACGUUUUGUAAAUACUCGAGACAUUUGCCACUAUUAACUUUAAGUGCAUUUCAAUAAGAUAGAACUAAAGUGUGAUAAAAUGUAGAACGCGUAAUAUAUAUUCGAAAGGCGAGAUUAACGAGAUUGCAAUGUGAUAAAUAAAAAUUAAUGCGAUGCGUAUAAUAUAUGAUAUGUAUAACAAUAUGUAUAUCCACACGUACACACACCAUACAUACAAAAACACUGCAAAAAAGAUUGCAAGAAAUUUAAUAUGAUGGGAAAACUCUUCCUCAUAAUGUUCGAGGAUGAGUUUUAAUGUUACAAUGACUAUUUUUUAAUAUGUCGCUGCUAAAAAUUCUAUAGUUUAUAAAAAUUCAAAAUUAUUACUUCUUUGCACGUCAUUUUAUUAAUGCAUUAAUACAGACUAAAAAAACAUGCAGCAUAUUUUCAUGACAAAUGUGUGUAUGUCAUUAUACGAUUGCAAAUGUAUGAAUAAGUGAAAAUAUAUGUAUACGAAUACACUGCGGAAAUAGACUUAACGUUCGUAAAUAUUUUAUUUUAGGCCUGCGGUGAUAAUAUUCAUGUAAUAAAUAUUAUAUAAUUAAAUAGUGAUAUUGAAUAUGCAUUAGAAUAAGAUGACUAGAGGAGAUGCUUAGAUCAGAGGUGUUGUAAUUCAUUGCAUUAUCUUUGAAAGUUGUAUAAAAACUGAUAGAUAUACGCAUAUACGCAUAUACUGAUUUAUUGAAUCAAUAUUAAUAUUAUAAUAUUAACAGAUGUAUACGAUUAAUAUGUUUUAAUUUAUUAUAUCAAUUCGUUCAACAUGUUUUUAAACUCAUAUAUGACACACACAAAAUAUAAUAUCUACAAUAUAAAAGAUGUAUAAUAAAGUACAUUAUAAAAAAUUAUGCAUAUAUUUUUAUGUCUAUAUAUUAUACGUACAGAUUCGAGAAACGUACGUGGAAAAAGAAAUCUAGCUGUAAAGUAACAUAAUUUUUAUAAAAUUCAUACUUGAAAUUAUAAA